GCAGAGCUCGAAAAGUAAAUUGUUUGUUUAUGACGUUGUCGUGACGGUCUGAGAAUGAUGAAGAAUGAUUGAGAGAGACAAGCUUGAAAACUUGAAAUCGUAAAUUAUACUGUGAAGAGUCAUGAUGUCAAAAACAACGUUUGUGUAGUUAAAAAAUGAAACGAAUUGUGUCGUGACGUUUCGUGAGGGGCCUCCUGUGCUUAAUUGAAAAACGCUCAAGGUUUAAAACUCUCGUUGAGAAAUAUCCGCGUAUCCAAAUGGUUACGAUCUCGCAUUAUUAUAACCUACGCCGUAUAUGCGAACUUUGUAUCAGCUGAUGGGCUCAAUGUAACUACGCGCACAAUUUUCCGCCGGAUUGUCCAAACAUUUCGUUUCCACAACUCACCGGAGGAAAAUUUCGUCAUGGCAGAUCUCGCUUUAGGGGAGCUCAGUAGUGAUCAGACUGAGAAAGUACUCCAAUUCCAGGAUCUCACCGGUAUUGAGGAUCUAUCAGUAUGCAGAGAUGUUUUGCAGAGACACAACUGGAAUCUGGAGGUUGCUGUUCAGGAACAAUUAAAUUUAUAUGAAGGUAGACCAUCCAUGUACGCACAGGAUUCGCGUGCUCGUCCACCACAAGUUGUAGAUGACAGUAGUUCGAGAAUUUAUUUUAGUUAUCCAGGAAGUUCCGGUGGAGGUGGUGGUCUCUUAUCCUAUAUUUUUUCUAUGUGUUACAACAUAGUGAGCAGUAUCCUACAGUUGUUGUUUGCAAUAUUUAGGAGGAACGUUAGACCUGUAUCCUCCGAUCCAGUGGAAGAUGUAGUCAACUUUAUUAGGUCUUACGAGGAGCGUUAUAGUAACAUUCAUCCAGUAUUUUAUCAAGGCUCAUACAGCCAAGCUCUUUCGGAUGCAAAACAAGAAUUAAGAUUUUUAUUGGUAUAUUUGCAUAAAGAUGAGACACAAGAAGUUGACCAAUGGUGCAGAAAUACGCUGCGUGAUCCAGAAGUGAUACGGUACAUAAACAUACAUACUUUGUUCUGGGCAUGUAAUGUAAAAUCUGGAGAGGGUUACAAAGUUGCGGAAGCGCUGAAAUCGGGUUCAUAUCCCUUUUUGGCACUUAUCGUGCUGAAAGACAAUAGAAUGACAAUAGUCGGUCGAUUAGAAGGUGCACCAUCUUCUGCUGAUUUAACAUCGCGUUUGCAAACAAUCAUAGAACGUAAUGAAAUUAAUUUGAUCCAAGCACGUCGGGAUAGAGCAGAGCGUAGCGCGGCGCAAUCGCUCCGACAGCAACAGGAUCGCGCUUACGAGGAGUCGUUACGCGCGGAUCAAGAGAAAGAUCGCAGAAGAGAGGAGGAGCGAAGAGCACGGGAGGAGAAAGAGGCCCGAGAGAAAGAACAAUUGAACGCGCAAGAGCUAGAGAUACAACGUAUACAACUCGAGAAGGAGCUUACUAUUAGCAAAGUACCCCUCGAGCCGGAACCGUCUAAUCCUAACGCGUGUCAUCUUCAAAUUAAGCUUGGAGAGAGAACGAUGAAAAGAAGAUUCCUUAUGACUGACACAGUUGAGGACGUUUAUCACUGGAUAUUCAGUCAGUCAGAUUCUCCGGCGAGUUUUGAAAUAACAACGAGUUAUCCCAGGAGAAUUAUCUAUCCUUGUAGAGAUAUCUUAACUCUAUUGGAUGCCGGCUUAACUCAUAGAGAGGUCCUGCACAUCAACGAUCUAGAUGAUUAAUUACGAUCGUUAUUUCGAUACAAUAUUCUUCGAAUUUUAGUGUCAUUCCAUGGGAAAAAUGAUACUGUUGUAAGAGACACUUAUUAAGAGAUAAUACGAUGCGCGCGACCAUCUAUACACACGCAAAAUACACAUGCGUAUAUAUAUAUAUAUAUAUAUAUAUUUGAUACAUUCUAGUACUUUAUGUGAGAUAUAACUUACUGUAUGCAAAAGAAAUAUGAUUAUAAUUACGUACGAUUGUCAUGAAAUAUACAAAAAUUAUAAAAAUCAAAAAAAAAAACAAAGUAUGUAUUUGUUACAUUGCAGCUCAUUAAAAUUACCAGUGUUAAUAAUUGAUACAUUUAUAGUACACUACUGCACUCAUCAAAAAAACACAUUUCGAAUAGUAAGAAAAAGUUAUAUAAAAGUAAGAAUGCCUAUUAAAUAUUAAAAAUUUUCUGUAUAACAAAUGAGCGAUUUCGUAAACGAAAAUUGUACAACAAACUCUAUUUCUUUUAUAUCUGCUGAUUAAAUGUUCUCAACAUUAAAGAGCGUACAUGUGAUAUGUAUAUAACAUAUAAACACAUGUUUCAACAUUGGAAAAAUUUCGAUGCAUACUUAAUUUCGUUUUCCUUGUUCAUUUCCAUUCAUUUUCUUUGUUCGUGAAAUGUACACUGAUUUUAAUAUAGAUAAAUAUAAAAAGAAGCAUUUUGCAUAAUAUUACGCGUUUAAAGCGCAAUCAAACAUCACAUUCGUUGUUAGUCUCAUAUAUAUGUAAUUAUAAUAUACAUAUAAGUAAUUAGUAUUGAGAAAAAAUAAAUAGUAGUUUAUUUAUAAGCUACAUAUCAAUAGCAAUAGUAAAAUUUUCAAUAGAAAAUACUUAUCGACUGAUUAUAAUAUUAUAUUCAAUAAGACUCGCGCGUAUAGCUAUUAUCUUUGAAUACGCGAGAACGUGUACGAAAAAAAAAAAA